CGCGUCUCGCCCAUCUAAAUCCACCAACGCGUUUCUACACGCAACAACUUAACAACUUUUAAUACUCUUACUCAUCCUUUCCUCAUCUUUUCAUAAUGUGCUACAACGUCCACCUGACUACUGUCUACCGUGCAUGCAGCCACUCGCAUACCAAAAUCCAAAAAGAUGUUGAUUGCUAUCAGGCCGACUGCAAACGCUCCAUUUCGCAUGGUCGCAACUGCCGAUACUGCAUGAAAGACCCCGACUUCUGCCGCACCAAGCGACUGUACGUCCACGAUACGUCACCCUUGAUACGUCCUUCACUCAUAUAGCGUUUUCUUUUCCAUCCAUCUAGUCCUCACAAAGACGUUGAGCACUUUGACAGC